AACAAAACCCCGUUUCCGCUGCCACCUCUGCUGGCGCUGCCCCGCCGCACAGAGUCCGGGACUUGCGCGCCACCCGGCCGUCCAGUCUGGUCACCUACUCACAUCACACUCCACCCUCUGUCAGCUGACUGUCGAUACAUCUGAAUAAAAAUGUGGAUCGGUUUGUUCCUGUUUGCCUUCACAGUUACAAGGCUACAGAAGGUGGCGGGAGAGUGCUCCAAGCAGGACUAUCAGUACUGUGUGCGGCUAGCUGAUCCUCUUCUUAAGGACCCUCAACUCAUCUACCCUGACAAACAGGAUGACAUUGAACAUGUCUGCCGAUCAUGGAGCCUGUUUGUCGACUGUGUAAAGAAAUAUACAGAGAAGUGUUUCACGGACAUUCGCAGACAGGAAUUCAACAAAGCAGUUGAGAGCCCAGUGGACUCCAUCCAUCAGCUGUGUACAGUACCUCAGUACCAGUCCGAGUACCUGAAGCACGCCACAUGUAUGAAAGCCACCCUGACUAAGGACAGUCACUGUGGUCGCCACUACAGGAACCUAGCUGCUCAAGUCUCUGGGGAUGCAGGAAGAGCAGCUAUAUGCUGCUCCCACCACCGGUUCCGGGAAUGUGUGCUGGACAGGACUCGGAACACGUGUGACCCGGAGGCAGGACCUUUCUCCAGACAAAUCCUGGACAAAGCCCUCAGUUUCCUUAAGGACCAGUGUAACAAUUAUGAACCAAACCGUGCUGACUGCCCAGGAGCAGACUUUUACACCCCUCUUAGUCGCACAGACGGCUCAGCUAGAGCCAACACGAAACCGAUGUUUGACACAGACAUGAAGACAACAGACUUUCAGAGUGAUGGUCCUACAUGGAUGACUGAUUCCAUGAGCACCAUGGGCAUGAAUGGAGGAUCCUCAAGUCAGAACCCUGACUGGUUGAGCCAGUCUCCAUCAUGGAUGCCUGGACGAGGUCGUAGCACUGGUGACGUGGUCACUGUUACCUCCCAGACCAUUGCAGAGAUGAGUAACCCACGUUCUAGCUAUGGACGGGGUAUGAGUUGGCUGCCCACCACCACCUCUACACCUGCUCCUCCACCUCCCACCACUAUGUGGCAAGCCACCCAGCCCCCGCCGACCCAGACACCCUGGUAUCCCUCUCGCUCCAACGAGCAGAUGAUGAUGGACAAUGCCAUUGAUGAACCGAACCAGCAAGGUUUGGAGAGCGGUAGUGUGACAAUUGUGUGUUCCAAAACAGUACUGACUCUAACAGCAAUUUUGUUUAUGUUUUUUAUCAGGUAGAAGACACUCUUGGUGAUCAUUUGAAUACUUCUCUGAACUGCUUCUCCAGUUGAAACCUUAACUUUGAAUCAAGCAGACUUUUAUUUUGUAUUACAACAUACUCAAUAAUUAAAUUGGAAAAUAAAUUAUUUCUAGGUUAAGUAACUGAAUUGUAAUUAUUAAUUUGAUUUAAUUCACUUUGGAUUAAUGAUUGGUAAAGGAUUGAACAACUAAUUAAAAAUGUUCAAAUUAAAAAAGAAACUGUAAGAAAAGAACAUUUAAAUAUCUUGUAACUAGAGUUUACAAUAUUUAGAAUUCAAUGAAUUAAUUACGCAUUUUUAAGAGAAUGUCUGACACAGUUGUAUAUCCGUGUAGCUGCUAUAACCUUAUUUUCUUAGAGAGUUUUGAACAUUUAUUGAAUCAACAAGAGUUUAGUUAUGUACAGUCUUUAAGAGUCAUGAUGUGACUGUUAUUAUUUGGAUUCAAUGUGUUAAUAUAAAAUAUAGCAGGAAGUUAAAUUUAUGAAAAGUAUAGUUUUUAUGAUUCAGGUUGUACCACACAUUACUUUUCUCUAUACAUAUUUAUUUAAUUUAGUAGAUAAUACACCUAUAGAAUAAUGUAUAUUACUGACAAAACAUGAAAGUUACUAAUCAAUCAUGAUAUCUAGUUUUAAACUUCCAUUUUAGUAGACAUUUCAAUUGAUUAUUUAAUGUUAAACUAAGAUGAUAAGACAUUAAGAAAAACUUGUGAAACUUCAUAAUGUAAAUAUUUAAUUACAAUUUCUUAUUGAUUGUUGUAAAAACCUCUAGUGCAUGUUACCAUUAAAUUAGAUCAGACCAAA